UGAGACGGUGAUCACUGAUCGGCGGGUCGGAAGUUGAGAAAUGGAUAAAGCAUUGAAAAUCUACGCGGAACUUCUGAGAUUGGUGAGGAGGUUGCCAAAGGACUCUCAACCUUACUACGCCAAGUACGCCUGCGAGAACUUCGUCAAUUACAGAGAGGUUGAGGCCAACGAUGACCAAGCCCUCCACGAGCUCUUCCUCAGGGCCUACAAUCACUCCCUCUGGGUCCUCAACAAGUACACAGUGGACGAAUCUGCAGCCAAUAAGUUGAAGAAAAUCUGCUCUGCUUAG